CCGCUUCGGAGGCAAGCGAUGGCCGCCUAGAAUCACUUCUUCCCUGGGUUGCCUCAGCACCGGGACAUGGGCCUGCCUCGGCUCGUGAGGAGGAGGCGGCUGUCGCGAGACGAAAACAACCAGUGUUGCUCAGUAAUUUAAAGACCUAUAACAUCCUUUUGUGAAGACAUAUCUAUAAACAUGCCUGCUGUGGCAUCUGUACCUAAAGACCUAUACCUCAGCACUUCAUUGAAAGAUCUUAAUAAAAAGACAGAAAUAAAAGCUGAGAAAACCAGUACUAAGAGUUACGUACAGAGUGCCCUUAAGAUAUUCAAAGCAGCGGAGGAGUGCCGGUUGGACAGAGAUGAAGAGAAGGCAUAUGUACUUUACAUGAAGUAUGUGACUGUGUAUAAUCUUAUUAAAAAGAGGCCCGAUUUCAAACAGCAACAAGAUUACUUUCAUUCAAUACUUGGACCUACAAACAUCAAAAAGGCCAUUGAAGAAGCCGAAAGACUUUCAGAAAGUCUUAAACUCAGAUAUGAAGAAGCAGAAGUGCGGAAGAAACUGGAAGAAAAAGAAAGGCUAGAAGAACAGCAGUUGAAAAAGCAGGAAUCAAAAGAUGAUGCAAAGGUUUUGUCCAAAACAUCUUCAGAAGUUUCAUCAGAUCCCAAAGCAAAAAACCAAGUGAUCAAUGGUGAGAAGAAGAAUUCAACAGAAAGAAAGGAUUCAUCUGAAACUGGAACAAUCACAGCAGAGAAAUUGUUUACAAUGAUGAUGGACAAAAGCAUCAAGUUGAUGAUAAUGGAUGCCCGGUGCUCGAAGGAUUACCAGGAGUCUUGCAUUGUAAACUCUGUCUGCGUUCCAGAAGAAGCUAUCAGUCCUGGAGUAACUGUUAGCUGGAUUGAAGCUAAACUCCCAGAUGCUUCUAAACAGCCAUGGAAAGAGAGGGGGCAAGUCACCUAUGUUGUUCUACUUGACUGGUUUAGCUCAGCAAAAGACUUGCAAUUAGGAACAACUCUGCGGAGCCUCAAAGAUGCACUUUUCAAGUGGGAAAGUAAAGCUGUACUACAGAAUGAACCCUUGGUCUUAGAUGGAGGUUAUGAGAAUUGGCUUCUUUGUUAUCCCCAAUAUACAACAAAUGCCAAAGUAACUCCACCCCAGCACAGCAAGAAUGAAGCUGUUUCUGUCUCUUUGGAUUUUACCUACCCAUCUUUGGAGGAGCCAGCUCCAGCUCCACUACCUGUUGUCCAUGUUAAACCUUCUGUGGUGGAAGUGACUGAAGUGUCUGCAAAUGAUCAGGAAAAGGGAUUAGAGACUCUUAAACCACCUCCUAGUGAAUCGAUUGCUGCUGCUCCUAAGAGUGACAGUUUACCUGCCAUUGUCCAGCCAGUGUCUGCACUGAAGAUUACUCCACAGAUUGACCGUACAAAAAAGCCUUCAGUAAAAGUUCCAGACAAUGACAGUAAGAGAAGAGCUGAAAGCCCAACCAUAAGCAAGCCGUAUAUUUCAAACGGAAGAGUGAUUCCAGACCGUUCCACAAAGCCAUCCGUGGAUGCAAAGCCUGGCCCGACAGAGGAAGAGAAAAGCAAUAUACCUGCAGAAAAAGCUUCUCAGUUGGAGAACAACAAUCAGGAAAAAGAACUGCAGGAGAAGCAAGAACAAGAGCAGAGGGCAAGAGAGGCACAUGACGAAAGGGAAGGCAGGGAAAACCUCCAAAAAACAAAAGCCGAUCAAGAGAAGAGAGAAAAAGACCAGGCCAACAGGGGGACAGAUGAAAAGCAAGUGGAGAAAGCACCCAGGGAGUUAGUAGACAUUAAAAAAACAAGCAGAAUUACAAAUGAAAGCCCUGAAGUGAGAAAAUUGGACACUGACAAAAUUGCUCCCAGUGAAAAAGAAAAGGUUACCUGGACACCAGAAACUCAAAGGCGCAAGUUUGCAGAGGAGUCCCGAGCAUCCGUGAGGGGGGAUUCCGCCUCCAGCAAGCCGACCGGGCUUAAAGGACAACCAGAAAUAGAAUCUCAAAAGCCAGGAGCCAUUAGAAAGGAUACUGAGGAGCAAAUGGAAAGAAACCAAUCCCAGCGAGAGCCAUUAACAAGAGCACGGAGUGAGGAGAUGGGGAGGAUUAUACCAGGAUUGCCUCCAGGUUGGGUCAAGUUUCUCGAUCCAGUCACUGGGACUUUUCGUUACUACCACUCGCCGACCAAUGCAGUUCACAUGUAUCCACCAGAAAUGACUCAGUCAGCCACUCCACCUUCUACCCCACCAAUGCAUAAAUCAAAGCCUCAGGCUGUUGAUCAGCGGGACAGAGAACCCUCCAAACUGAAGCGCUCUUACUCCUCACCAGACAUAACUCAGACCAUUCAAGAGGAAGAGAAAAAGAAAAUCACCAUCACUCCUACCAUUAAUCGUGAGAAUAAACCGGUAAGCUAUCCUAAAACUGAAAUUUCAAGGCUUUCGGCAUCUCAGAUUCGUAAUCUCAACCCUGUAUUUGGAGGAAUGGGACCAGCUCUUACAGGCCUUCGUAAUUUAGGAAACACUUGUUAUAUGAACUCUGUGUUACAAUGCUUGUGUAAUGCACCACACCUGGCUGAUUAUUUCAACAGAAACGGCUAUCAAGAUGAUAUCAACAGGUCAAAUUUAUUGGGGCACAAAGGUGAAGUUGCUGAGGAAUUUGGCAUAAUCAUGAAAGCACUGUGGACUGGACAAUACAGAUAUAUCAGUCCAAAAGACUUCAAAAUUACCAUUGGAAAGAUCAAUGAUCAAUUUGCAGGGUACAGUCAGCAAGACUCUCAAGAAUUGCUUCUGUUUUUAAUGGACGGUCUUCAUGAAGACUUAAAUAAAGCCGACAACAGAAAGCGUUAUAAAGAAGAAAAUAAUGAUAAUCUGGAUGACUUUAAAGCAGCUGAUCUUGCCUGGCACAAACACAAGCAGCUCAACGAGUCUAUUAUUGUUGCACUCUUCCAAGGCCAGUUCAAAUCCACGGUGCAGUGUCUUACGUGUCACAAAAAGUCUCGGACCUUUGAGGCUUUCAUGUACUUGUCCCUGCCACUUGCAUCCACUAGUAAAUGCACGCUACAGGAAUGCCUUAGAUUAUUCUCCAAAGAAGAAAAACUGACGGAUAACAAUAGAUUUUAUUGUAGUCACUGCAAAACACGAAGAGAUUCUUUGAAAAAAAUAGAAAUCUGGAAGUUGCCCCCUGUUCUUUUAGUGCACUUGAAAAGAUUUUCCUACGAUGGACGGUGGAAGCAAAAGCUACAGUCAUCAGUUGAUUUCCCUCUGGAAAGCCUUGACUUGUCGCAAUAUGUUAUUGGUCCAAAGAGUAGCUCGAAGAGAUACAAUCUGUUUGCAGUAUCUAAUCAUUACGGAGGGCUGGACGGAGGACACUACACAGCCUAUUGCAAAAAUGCUGCAAAACAGCGGUGGUAUAAGUUUGACGAUCACGAAGUCUCCGAGAUCUCUGCAUCUUCCGUAAAAUCCUCCGCUGCUUAUAUCCUCUUUUACACUUCUUUUGAACAGCGAGCCCCUGAUAUAGCCACAUAAAAGAAAUGUUUGAAGAAUAUUUGCUUCUUUUUACAAAUGCACCAUAACAAGCUGAGCUGUGAUGAAUAUAUGGUCACUUGCUGAGUUAGGGGGACAGCUGCAGCAGUUUCUCACCUAAGAUAUCUAUUAGUGCUAUUGCUUAAAUCUGAAAACCAAAUGGUUAACUCUGCUGCUUAAUAUGGAACACUUCGUUCCAAAACAAAUUAUUUUUAGUGAUGCUCCAAAAUUAUAAAUUUAGCUUAGUCAUUUUAAAGCCAUUAACGUAUAUGGGUUUAAGAUGUCCUAAAACUUAAAGCAUAUCUUUAUUUUCUCUCCCACGUUUAUGGCCUUUUCACACUAACCUUAAGCUUGAUUCUACUGUGAAUAUCUUAGAAUGAUGUGAACAGGUAGGAAUGUAUGUGUACAUAUUGAUUGCAGACUUGCACAUCCAAACUAUGUAUAUAAUAAAGAUAUGUAUGUGGUCCUUUGGUGAGAACUUCUACUAGAAUGGAGAAGGUUGCUUUUUCUAAGUACUUUCAUUCUUAUAGUUAGGGAAAAGCAGAAGCUGUAUUUUUCUGUUGAGCUGUUGUCUAUCUGCACACCUUAAAAUGUAUUCUAUAGGACUGAAACUUCCCUUUUUAGUUUUUUAAUAUAAGAAUUUCAUGUACUCAUGUAUUUAAAAAAAACAAUUAACUAUUUGGAAAUACAAUGGCCUGUUAAACAUUG